AUGUUGGGUGCCUCCUUUCGUUCCCGACAAUCUCGAUUGCUGCUGGCAACAAACAACAUGCACGCGGUUCUUGCUACUAGUUAUUAUAAUUGUAUUCCUAGUACAACAAGACUUCUCAUUGUUGCACCAACAGCAACAACAACAACAACAACAACAUCAGUUCGUGGUCGUUCGUUGGCUUCCAUUUGUUAUGGAUCAGGCGGUGGUGCUGCUGCUAAUGAUGAUGACGAUGAUGAUUCUUCGAUACCUCAUCCUCCAAUUCAUCAUUACAAGCCGACUGCUGAUGCUGCUGAAACUGCUGCUGCUACUAGUAUUAUUAAUAGGACUCCUACUCCUAUUCUUCGCCAUAGUACCAAUAAGAAUGCCAAAAAGAACCAUGAUGCCCCGUCGUCUUUGUCUUCCAUCCUCAUGGCGACGAGUGCCGUCAAUAGUUCUCAACAACGAGAACAAUACGAACAACAGCAACAACAACAACAACAAGUCGCCGAGCCACGACGAACCAAUCCACCACGUCAAUGGGAGAAUGAUGCUACUACUAUUUCCAGUAAAGAAGAACAAGACGAAGAAGGAGCUUUUUGGUGGCAGAAAUAUUACAAACUGAAAUUUCCCACCAAUCCUUCCCAAUUGUUCGAGUCGUCAAGUGCUCUCAUACAACAACGAUUGGCUGCCUCGCCGGAUGUUUUGACCACUAUCAAUGUCGCCAUUGCCACCAACCUGUGUUAUUACAAUACUCAGCAUAUUGUUAUUGCAACAAUGCAUCAUAAUGACAAUAAUAGCAAUAUCAAUACCAAUACCAAUCUGGCAGACAGCAUUGUGGGACUGGACCCUGGAAUCUUUGCCGGAAUGACGGCAGCCAUACUGGGCGUCCUCAUGGUCCGUGCGGCUCAACAUCAUCUUGCAGCAUUUCAAGCUUAUUCAUCUUCUUCUUCUUCUUCGGUUUGGACAACAAGACAUCAACAAGAAAGGAUUCGGGACGUCGUGUGGGACGAACUGCAUCAUGUGACACGAGACUUGGCGGGGAAUACCAUGAUGUGGUUGUCCAAUAACAACAACAACAAUAACAACAACAACAAUAACAAUCAUGAGAAUGCUACUCAAGAAAUGCAACAACAACAACAACAACGCAUGCUAUACCUCAUCAAGGCCUUUCCAGUGGCGCUCCGUUGUCAUUUGGAUCAAACAGCAGCUAGACAGUAUGAUAAUGAGGACGAUGAUAUGAAUGACAAUGGCGAUAUGAAUGACCGAUGGCAACAACGGAAUAACAACAACAAAAACAACAACAACAACAAGGACGAUUAUGACGAAAUGUUACAGGUCUUUGAUGGAGACAAAUCCAAUCCAGACUUUGGGAAAAUCGUUACCACCUUUCAAAAGGGUCAGAAUCUACCACUGGGGAUUAUCUCGUGGAUGCGACAAAUCAUUGCAACGAAUCAUCAGGUUUAUCAUCAUCAUCAUGAUAAUGAUGUUAGUGAUGCUAGUGAUGAUCAUUAUGAUGAAUAUGCCAGUUACAAUAAUAAUAACCAAGAAAUGAAUCACCAAGUGUCGCGUCUCGUGGGAUGCUUGGGCAAGUGCGAGCGGUUAGCAUCAUCAUCAACAACAACAAUGACGACGACGACGACGACGACGAAUCGUCCAAUAUCAUUAUUAUUGCCACCCAAUAAAAGUAAUAUUGCCAAAGACGCAACCUUGGCCUUGUAUCUUUGGUCCAAUAUGCUUCCCUUUGCCAUGUACGAAUCUUUGGGAUUGGCGACCAUACCAGCCUCCAUCUUGGUGUCGUGGGCAAUUUUGGGGGGGAUGGAACAUGUUCAUCAAGUAUUGGAGAAGGACAAGGAGGAGAAGGAGGAGGAGGAAGAAGAAGAGGAACCCUUGGAAAUAAGGUUGCCAUUGAAGCAAUACAGUCAAGAUAUUUGUUCCAGUGUCAAUGACAUUCGGGAUACCUACUUGAUGGGAAGAGGAUUGCCUACUGCUGCUGCUGCUGCUGCUACUACUACUGCUGUUGUUGUGGACACUAGUACUAGUGCCGAGACGAAUAGGAUGACCGGAGUGCCUCCAAGGAAACGCCCUAAUGUUCUGGACAACACCAUGAUGCCAGAGUUUCAAAAUGGAGCAUCCUUGAAUGGACAUGAGGACCAGCAUCACAGUCACGAUGAGUUCCAUAGAGCAACGGCAAAGAGGAUAAGUGCUCAUUCCUGA